UCGAAUGGUAUAUAAUAGUUGGGGUUUUAUUUGACUAUGAUAGGAAACGUUUUUUACGAAAGCGGAGAUAGGUCGAUCUUCGCAUAGGGAAGCAUAGGGCAAAAUAACUAUUUUUCCAAAAACUCAGCAAUGGCUCGGCCAAUCGUUCUCAUCUUUGAACUCGACCGAAAUAUUGUUGAGACUAAACUGUGUAGAAAAUUCCAUUGCGACCGGACUCUCCUUUCAAAAGUUAUCGUGUAAACGGCUGGACACCCUGACCGAUUCUAGAGUGUACUCACUUUUUGAGUACACAAUAAAAGAAAAAACGUAUACGUCAAAUAGUGUCAAGUAUAUUAAAUGCUGUUAAUCAUUUAAAUUCUCAUCGUGUUGUUCAUCGAGAUUUAAAACCUGAAAAUAUUUUAAUUGAUUCAACAAUGAAUGUUAAAAUAACUGAUCUUGGUUUUCCUGUACAAUUAAAUGAAAAUGAAUCAUUAUUUGAUCUUUUUUGA